UUUUUUCCUUUUCGCCAUGUCAGUUUGUGUCUCCUCUGUUUACAGAGAGUUGCCCUGUCUUUUGACUUUCCUUUUUACGGACAUUACCUGAGGCAGAUCACCAUUGCAACAGGAGGAUUUAUCUUCACGGGAGAUGUUAUUCACCGUAUGCUGACCACCACACAGUACAUCGCCCCUCUGAUGGCUAAUUUUGACCCCAGCUACUCUAAAGACUCCACCGUUCAGUACCUGGAUAAUGGAGAAGUGUUUGUGGUCCACUGGGAGCGGGUCAGACUUCCAGGCAAGGAGUCGGAAGGAGCCUUUACAUUUCAGGCUGCUCUUUAUAAGACAGGAAGAAUCACCUUCAGCUACAGAGACAUCCCUCUGUCUCUAGCUGUGAUUGGAUCAGCCGAACAUCCAGUCAAGGUCGGCUUGUCAGAUGCCUUCAUGGUCACGUCAUCCACUUCUCAAUCACCAGAUGGAGCACAGCAAACCAUCUAUGAGUACCAUCGAGUUGAGAUCGACAUGACAAAGAUUACCAACUCAUCUGCUGUGGAGCUCACGCCACUGCCCACCUGCCUCCUAUAUGACAGCUGUGAGCUCUGCCUGUCCUCCAACCAAAGCUCUGGCUGCAGUUGGUGUAACGUUCUCCAGAGGUGCUCAGAUGGCAUGGACCGACACAGGCAGGAAUGGUUGGAUUAUUCCUGUUCAGAGGAGAGCAAAGAUGCAACCUGCGACGAUUACUUCAGGGAUGACGGUUUCACGGGUUCCACCGUUGCUCCGCAAACAGAGGACAUUACGCCUCUGACUCCAGGACAAGGAGGGUGUAAAAAAGACGAUCAGAUUUUCAUGACAGGCAGCGAUGUGAAAACAGAGUCUUCGACCAAGAGUAAAGGAUUGUCUCACACUGGCAUCAUAGCUGGCAUAGCAGCUGCUCUGGUUUUACUCCUGGCUCUGAUACUUGUCGCCGUCUGCAUCCAUUGCUAUCCCACUGGCUCAUCGCGGCUUUACCUCAUCCAGAGACGCAAAAGCUACUGGCCAUCCAUGAAGUUCCAAAACCAGCAACCAGGAUACACAGAGGUGGAGGGAGAUGGUCAUGAAAAAUACAGCAUUGUGGAAGCUGGGCCGUGCUGAAAUCAGAGAAAUAUAUGUACACUUAUAGAUAAGAUCAUUGCAAACAGUUACCUUUUAAAUUUAUGUUUUACUCUGAAGCAUUGUGACUUUUUUUCCCCCCGAAGGAUAAAACAUUUAUGUUAUUUUGGAACAGUGUCACUUAGUUUUAGGUUGUUUUUUUUGUGUGUGACAAUUAGCCAGCAUUUGCACAUUGAUCAGUUCCAAAUUAAAUCUGUUGUCCAAAGAUGUGUAUCUAUGACGGUAAUCUUAUGAAUUUCAAUUUGCUUUUCUUCAUCGAUCCAAUAAAUAAAAUGAAAAAUGUGA